AUGUUGACAAAACACUUUCAAAACUAUAGACCCGAUGGUCUCAUCGAGGGGCUCGGUCUCAAGACACUGUUCGCCUUCUUCUCCGCCAAGGCCAUGCGCGGAGGCCCACGCCUGCUGCCUCAAAUUGCGAUAUGCGUGGUGAUCCUCAUCGCACUGACGAAAUUGCUACCCACGAGAUUUUCCGACAUUGCUUUUGGUUCGGGUUAUACGAGGAUUCUCAAAUGGAGGCCGACGUCUUCAUACGACGACGGCAGUAUUGGUGGUGGCAUUAGGGUGGUGGUUUUUGGUGGAGGCGACAUCACCACCCCAAACAAGAGACAGGAAGAGACUGGUUUCGAGGACAAGUCAUGGACUGAUGUUCUCUGCGAGCAGCUCGAUCACUGCAAUGCGCACCUGUCUUACACCCCUCAAACUGAUGCUCACGGAGGCUCGAUUAUUUCCAACGAUGUCUAUGGCCAGACCCUCGAUGUGAUCACCUCCUGGCCAAAUGUUACCCAAGGUUCCGGCUACGAUUACACUUGGAUGCCCGAACAGUAUCCUGUGCCCACGCAUCUGCCCGACCUGGAACAGCAAAUCAACACGUUCCUAGGAACACCGCCGCCCCGCAACCCUCCCCGUGAGACUCUGUGGGUCUUCAACUAUGGAUAUUGGGAAGUCUGGAAGCUCGCAACCAUGCCCCGAGAGAUCGCAAAGGAGCUACUGGAGAGGCAAGCAGAGCAGCUUUUCUUGCAGAUCGAAAGGCUGUACAGCAUGGCCAAGGAGGAUACUUCGAUUGCUUACUCUGACUACUACACCAUGGCAAACAUCACCGCGCCUGAGAGUGCAACAGAUCAACCUGUCCUCUUGGAUGUGCCAGCCGAGCCUUUCCGCAUCUUCAUUCCUUCCUUGUUCGACAUUUCACUGACACCUGGCUUUGAGACUGCUCGACCUGCACCGCCCCACCCUCACAACAAAGCCAAGGAGAUGGGCAACGCAGCCUAUCUUACCCAAGAGUGGGAGAAUAUGGUUGCCGACUGGAUUGAUUCUUGGGUCUCGAUUCCGGACCCGGUCAUCAACGAGACCACACAGGAGACAGCUCUCGUCAAGAGAAAUGAUGCCUCUGGUCGCACUGUCUACGUCCCGAAUGCUCGCCGGGAAGCCAUCACGCAGGACACUCCCAAGUACAUCAAGGAGCUGAUUGUUGAUCGUCAACUCCAUGACUCUGAGCUCGUGGACCACAAUGGACUCGGCUCAAAGCCCAUCGAAGACGGCUUCCUCGAGGUCUGGGAGCCUUGCAUGCCAGUAAACAUGAAGGCCAACACGACUUCUAUCACGAAAGAAAAGACUCUCGCGGGUGGUCAAACGCCCAGCGGCAUCUGCUCGUUGCCUAACGAGCACUUGUUCUGGACCGAAUUUACUCUUGGCCAGCGCGCAAUCACCGAGAUUGGCAAGACGGCGGCAAACCGGUUUAGGAUGCACGUCGCCAAGGGUGUAAACUGGUUGAAGAAGGCGCAAGAGACGGAAUUGACUCCCCGGGAGUUUCAUGGUUGA